AUGGAUGUACUCUUUCUGAAGGAAAGAUUGUGCUCUCCGAAACUAGGACAAAUAGAGAAAGUAUUGGUAAUUAUCUGAGAAAUGAUCAAUUCUGUAAGAAUUUAGUCAUGAAAAUUUUUCUUUAAAUUUAGCUCCUGUUCAAUGUACCCAGGGUGCGGUUGAUCUAUUCCUCCUUGUGGACGGCUCUCGAAGUAUCACAUCGCCAAAUUUCAAAUUGGUUAAAAAAUUCCUGACAAGACUGACAUCGAAGUUUGACAUCGCUGAGAAUGCAACUCAUGUUGGAUUACUACAGUUCAGCGAUAUGAAGUCAAUCAGUUAUGAAUUUGCCCUCAAUGAAAUGCAUAGCAACAAGCAAGUGAGGGGAGCGAUCAAGCACAUGAAGUAUCGCGCUGGGUCAAAAACUAACACCGGUGUUGCAUUGACACUUGUUAACAAAUAUGUAAGUAAUUAUAUAUAAUAAACGUUAAUUUUUAACACCAUGAUAAACCUCAAUUUUCGCCAGCCUUUCUCCUGGCCUUUGGCCAGGUUUAAGAAAUCCUCACCGUCUGAAUUCCUAAACAAAAAUUCCUGGGUUCUCAUAAAAAUAUAAAGUCUCAUAAAAAUAUAAAUUCACCAAGUUCUUAACAAGGAGGCUCCUUGGUAAAAAAUUGAAAUGGAAGUGAAUUCUCGUUACUAAUGAAGAAAUUCUAUGAUCUUUUAUUGCGGCAUUUUCUAGACACAGCAAUCAAUCAAAAUUGCCAACCUUUAUAUUUUACCCCAAGAUCUUCAAAUUUUUAAAGUGAUUGAUAUUUUUGAGGAUAUUUUCAGAAAUACGACCUCGGGAUUUUUCCUAGUAAUUGAAUAAAAGCCUUUCUAACAGAGAGAUAGUUGUGAAUUCGUACAUAUAAUCAUUUUGAUCGUGUGAAAAUAAAAAGAUCAGGUAUUUAUAAUGUUGAUCGGAUCCAGUUAUUUUUCGGUGCAUGGGAUCUACUCUGUUCAUUUAUUCAGAUUAUUUUAACAAUGCUACCUGAGUCUUCUUUUCGAAGAAAGGGCCUUUUUUGAGAAAAGAAAGAAUCUCUGGAUUUUUUAAGUUUUUGGUACCAAAAUCCUCUGGAAACUGUGCCUUCGACUGAAACUCUGAAUAAAAUAUAUAUUUUAUUAUAGAUUUUCAACAAACGUAACGGAGACAGACCGGGCGUUCUUGAUGUGUUGAUCCUAUUCACAGCCGGUCAGGCACACGACUUCAGUAUCGCCAGAAAACAUGCUGAGUUAAUGAAGAAGAGAAAUAUUCGAAUCAUUACGAUUGCAGCUGGUCCUGAUGCGAAGAAUGCCAAGGCAAAACUUGUGGAAGAAAUGGAAGCUCUAGCGACUGAUCUGCUAAACGUAUACAAGGUUGAUUUCUCUGAGCUCAACGACAUCGUGGACAAGUUAAUUGACAUUGAUUGCUAUUUAGUCUCGCGUAAGAAUGUAAUCAAUAGGCAGCUUUAGCAAACACAACGCAACGUCGACGAGGACGUGAAAAUGGCGUGGCAUGUGGGAAUUUUACUUCCGGUUUAAUCUUGAACGUCGUUCAACUUGUAUUAAGACGGCAUUUAGGAUGUUUUCACGUAAAAUAAUCCAGUGGCGAUUGGUUUUGGUUAGUUUGAAAGCAUUAAAAAUAUGCAAAAGCGGUCUCGGUUUGCCCGUCCGAGCUGUAAAAUCACCAACACAUGAUAAACUAGCCACCAAACUGGUGAAAAUGACACUCUAACGACUUUAGCUUUCAAUAUAUUUUCCGGGCAGCAUGCCCCCAAAUACCUUUCCAUUUAAUAAACAAUUAAACUAUAAAUCUAUAUUCGAAUUAGCACAGGUAAUAUUGCUUCAGCCUCUCCUUGGAUCCCUCCUACGACUAGAAAUCCUAACUACGUUACUGACUUGAGUCAAUUUAGGACUUGGUGUUGGAACUCUAUGAAAUACCAGAAUACGGAGGCUAUUUCAUAAACACUGCAUAUGAUUUUAGUACGGGGUGUAUGGGGCGGCGGGCAUGCAUGAAUGCAUGUCAAGCUUCGGUCGCAUACAAUGCAUUUCAUAAAACAGAUAUCAAUUACAAAGUUUGUGCACGAAAUAAAAACUGAGACCAAAAAUCCCCCACCUUUAUUAAAGCGCAUUAAACAUACCACGCUUUGAAGUAUGAAGAAGUACAAAAGCAAAGGUAGCGCAUGAAUGAGAGCUAUCGUUUGCUACACCUUUUAUUACUUUUGAUUAAUCCGCAGUUGAUAUCUCACUAAUGACGUUAUUUUUCCAAUGGAUGUACUCUUUCUGAAGGAAAGAUUGUGCUCUCCGAAACUAGGACAAAUAGAGAAAGUAUUGGUAAUUAUCUGAGAAAUGAUCAAUUCUGUAAGAAUUUAGUCAUGAAAAUUUUUCUUUAAAUUUAGCUCCUGUUCAAUGUACCCAGGGUGCGGUUGAUCUAUUCCUCCUUGUGGACGGCUCUCGAAGUAUCACAUCGCCAAAUUUCAAAUUGGUUAAAAAAUUCCUGACAAGACUGACAUCGAAAGUUUGA